ACCUUAACCCUACUCUCCGCCGUCAUCAGAACCGCAAGCAGAGAGGCGAAAAGAUGGGACGCGUCCGCACGAAGACGGUGAAGAAGUCCUCUCGCCAGGUGAUCGAGAAGUACUACUCUCGCAUGACGCUCGAUUUCCACACGAACAAGAAGAUCCUCGAGGAAGUCGCGAUCAUUCCUUCGAAGCGCCUCCGCAACAAGAUCGCCGGAUUCUCCACUCAUCUGAUGAAGAGGAUCCAGAAGGGACCCGUCCGCGGGAUCUCCCUCAAGCUCCAGGAGGAGGAGCGCGAGCGCCGCAUGGACUUUGUUCCCGACGAGUCCGCCAUUAAAACCGAUCGCAUCGAGGUCGAUAAGGAGACGCUGGACAUGCUUGCCUCCUUGGGGAUGGGAGACAUGCCAGGUGUCGUCAAGGUGGAGCCGGUCUCGGCUGCUCCUAUCGCAGGCUUUGGCCGUGGAAGGAGGUUCUAGAAGAAUCGAUCCUUUAAGUAUCUUUUCGUAUGUGUUUGUUUUGCUGAACGUUGAAUGUUCUUAUAAGCUUUAAUGUUAACAGUUGGUGAAUGCUUCGUUAGAGAACUUAGGUUGGUAGAUCA